AUGGGAAAACGCAAGUCGUCGUCCAAACCUCAAGGUCCUAAGAAGAAAGAACCGCUUGCCACCACCUUCAAAUGUGUCUUUUGCGCACACGAGAAUUCUGUAACCGUCAAGAUUGACAAGAAGCAAGGCGUCGGCAACUUGAGUUGCAAGUCAUGCACUCAGACCUUCCAAACCAACACCAAUUAUCUCACUCAAGCCGUUGAUGUAUACGCCGACUGGAUAGACGCCUGCGACGCAGUGGCCAAGGAAACUGCGAGCGCUGAUGCCGCUACUCGACCGAUACAACCGCACCCGGCUUCAUCGCGCACGAUUCCCGAGGAGAAGGGUACGGAAGAAGAUGAUGGAUUCAUCGACGAUGCCGAUGCGGAUCCGGAGGAGGAUUUCGGCGAGGACUGA